AUGUGUGAAAAUCGACAAAGCAUUAAAAGAACCACCAACGCCCAGUUCUCGAAGUUGGUGGAGCUAAUGGAGGCAAACCCCGACAUUGCCAAGGGUGUCGGGACGUUUGGGUCAUCCAAAAAAAACCAAGCCCAAUAUUGGGAUUCGUUUGCUCUUGAGCUAAACGCAUUGGGACCUCCUAUUCGAGAGGGUAAAGAAAGGCAUAAGGUUUGGCUGAACUUUAAAUUAAAACUUAAGAAGAAAAUCGCGACAAAUAAAAAGGAUGUAGUCGCAACAGGUGGAGGUGGAGGACCUUUUCGGCAGUUGUCUUCGCCACCUUUGAAACAGGCAGUUGACAAUUUGCUAAGUUUACAGCAGGCUGUAAAUCCAAUAGGUAAUACGUUUGGAACACAUUCAACUGCAACAGUGGAACAACCCGACUGA